AAUUGUACAAAGCCAAUCGGUUUACCAUUUUCACGCUCUCCAGUCCACUGGCAUCACCCUUCAUCUAAGGAGGAUUGAAAGAUUAUGGCUAGUGCCACUGCAAUUUCCACCCUUACUGCCCUCAGUAUCCUUGGAUGCACCUCAACCAAGUGACUCAUCAACUUCAAGCUCAAAUGAAUAGUAAGAGAAGCGGAUGAGAGAUUAAUGAAAUUCAGAAAAUGGCUUCAUCAAAAGAAGAAGUGGAAAUUUCUAGACUUAUGGGUUUUCUACAGGAGUGGGACAAUGGUACCAGAGCUGUCCGACAUCGUAUAUUGAAUGACUUCAUAAAUACAAAUCAAGGUAAAACUGGUCCAGAACUGGAAUUACAGUUUGCACAAGGGGCCAGUUUGUUUCUCACAAGAUUGACAGCAUGGCUCAGAUUAACCUACAUGGUUGGUACCUGUGUAACUGAACAGUUACAAGCCAUUGGUGUAUUUUUAUCUGCAACAAGCGGACAUCGAUAUCUGAUAGAAGUUUUAGAAGUUGGUGGUAUUUUGACUUUUCUGGAAAUUCUGAAAUUAAAACAGUUGCAAGAAGAUAACAAACAAGAAGCAUUAAAAUUGCUUCAAAUUAUUGCGAGUGCUGGACGAAAAUACAAGGAAUUAAUCUGUGAAAGCUAUGGUGUGAGAAACGUUGCAGAAUGUUUGGCAAGUUCAAAAUUGGAAAAGACCCAAGAGCAGGCUCAGAUCUUGUUGGAAUUACUAGCCCAAGGCAACCCAAAGUAUCAACAACAAGUGUACAAAGGACUGAUUGCAUUAUUGCCAUGUACCUCCCCAAAGGUACAACAACUGGCUCUUCAAACACUGAGGACUCUACAGACGCUUGUGAAGACUGUACAUCCUUGUAUUAUUGAAUCACUUUUGAACAUAUUGAAAACUAUACACUACGAAGUGCAAUAUGAAGGAAUCGAAUUUAUCAAGAUACUCAUGAACUAUAAUGUACGAAAAGCUUUGCUAGAAGGAUUAGUUGCACGCCUUAAUCCAUCAAUGGAUGACAUAAAGAAUCGACCUAAAAUUCUUGAUGAUGAACCCACAACAAUCCUUACAGAAUCCUUACCUUUGUUUGUACAGCAGGCUGCAGCAGCAAAAGUUAUGGGUAUACUCAUUCAAGAAUCUGCUGAAAUAGCUGAGGAAUUGCUGCAACUCAGAGUAGUGCAUCACCUCAUGAUUGCUAUGGGGAACCUGGAUCAUGCUGACAGCCAAAGGCAGGCUAGUUUAACAUUGGAACAGCUGAUUCGUACAUUUCCAGUUGUAGAAGAAAAUGUACGAAAAGCCAUGGGAGAAACACUUUAUGAAUUAUAUAUGAUAAAUCCAGAGAGUAUGUAUUUGAAUAUGGACUCGGUCCAAGCUGCAGUUUUGGUUGGCAACAAAAUCAAUAUUCCAGGAAUUGAAGAAGUACCAGAAUGAAUCCCAAGUUUUCAGUUGUAGCAUGACAAGAUUGAGCUCUUUUUUAAACCAAUGAAAAAGACCAAUGCAACAUUUUUAUGAAUUAAUUACAUUUUCGAGUAGAUUUCAGGUAGCCAGAACAAAAUGGCGUUUGAAUCAGUUCAAUGUCUCUCCCAUUCCAUCUUAAAGCAGUGGAAAUUCAUUCUAACCGUUAGUGAUGGAUUGUGCUUUUGUCUACCAUGGUGCUGCAGUUGAGCUGAUUUUAACAAUGUGUAUUUGUACCAUAGAUUUAAUACUAGCUCUGUACACCAACAGAACGACCAAAGUUCAAUAUCUUUUAAUUAUUUAUGAAACUUAUAUUCUCUAGUAUUUGUAUGAAUGCCUAUUAGAUAAAAUAUACAAAUGAAAUUUUUGGCAUCACUGUUAAUUUUCCCAUGGUUCCUGUCUUUCAACCUAUUAAAAAUAUUUAAAAAUGUGUAACUGUUGGUGGAUAUCGAUUCUCAACAUUACAAUUGUAAGAAAAUUACUUAAAGAAAAUAUUGCAUUCA